AAAGAAGCGCUGCUUCUCAUCUCAUCCCCUGCAACAGGUUGGAAACCUCAGGGUCUGUUCUUGGAAAGGCUGUGCUGCUUUUUUCCGCCUGUCAAAAUCACUGCCCCUGUCCUGCAACAUGCUUCGCCCAAUCACCAUCCACUUUCUUGUGUCCACCUUGAUGUUAAUGUGGCCGCUGUGCAGCGCCCAGCCAAGCUCUGGCACUCCUGUUAUCCAACUACGUCUAGCCGGGGAGAAGCGGAAACACUACGAGGGUCGUGUUGAGGUUUUCUACAAUGGAGAGUGGGGGACGGUCUGCGAUGAUGACUUCACCAUCCAAGCUGCUCAAGUGGUGUGCAGAGAGCUUGGCUUCAUUGAUGCCGAGUCCUGGUCGCCCUCUUCCAAGUAUGGAAAAGGAGAAGGCCACAUCUGGCUCGACAACGUGCAUUGCACUGGUGGAGAGAAGAGCCUGGCUCAGUGUGAGUCUAACGGCUUUGGAGUGUCUGACUGCAAGCAUUCAGAGGAUGUCGGAGUGGUGUGCACGCGGAAGCGCAUUCCUGGCUUCAAGUUCAUUCGGAACCAGGCCAACAACGAUGAGAGCCUGACGGUGCAGGUGGAGGAUGUGAGGAUCAGGGCCACUUACUCCCACAGGAAAAGGAUUCCCAUCACGGACGGCUUCUUGGAGGUGAAAGACGGAGGCAAGUGGAGACAGAUCUGUAACGAGGGCUGGACGGAGAAGAACAGCAGGGUCGUCUGUGGCAUGCACGGCUUCCCCAUGGAGAAACGCUUGAACACCCGACCCUACAAAUUGCUGGCCAAGCGUCGUAAGAAGAACUACUGGGGUUUCUCUGUAAAAUGCACAGGCAACGAGGCCGACCUCUCUGAUUGUAAGCUUGGCCCGGAGAUAGAGCUGAAGGGGAACCUCACCUGUGAGCACGGCAUGCCUGUAGUGGUCAGCUGUGUGCCCGGACGUGCCUUUGCUCCCAGCGUCAGCGCCGGCUUCAGCAAGGCCUACAGGGUGGAGCAACCCUUGGUUCGUCUAAGAGGCGGAGCUAUGAUUGGCGAGGGGAGAGUGGAGGUGUUGAAGAAUGGGGAGUGGGGAACAGUUUGUGACGACACCUGGAACAUUAGAGCUGCCACGGUGGUGUGUCGGGAGCUCGGCUUUGGGAGCGCCAAAGAGGCGUUGACUGGCGCCAGACUGGGUCAAGGGAUGGGGCCGGUCCACAUGAACGAGGUAGAGUGCUCUGGUUUUGAAAAGUCGCUGACAGAGUGCUACUUCAACCGUGACGCUUUGGGCUGCAGCCAUGAGGAAGACGCAGCAGUCAGGUGUAAUGUUCCUGCCAUGGGCUUCAAAAAAAGACUGCGGUUAAAUGGUGGCCGUAAUCCCUAUGAGGGUCGUGUGGAGGUCCUGGCAGAGAGGAACGGCUCUCUGGUGUGGGGCACAGUGUGCAGUGACAGCUGGGGCACCAUGGAGGCCAUGGUGGUGUGCAGACAGCUAGGUUUGGGCUUUGCCAGCCACUCUUUCCAGGAAACUUGGUACUGGGCAGGAGAUCCCACAGCUGAUGCCAUUGUGAUGAGCGGAGUGAGGUGUUCAGGGACAGAGCUGACUCUGGAUCAGUGUCUACAUCAUGGGAAACACGUCAACUGUAAGAAAGGAGGGGGACGCUUCGCUGCUGGGGUCUCUUGUACUCAGACGGCCCCAGACCUGGUCCUCAAUGCCCAGGUUGUGGAGCAGACCACCUACCUGGAGGACAGACCACUGUACGCCCUGGCGUGUGCCCAGGAGGAGCACUGUCUGUCCACCAGCGCAGACGAAGCCGACCCCAGCUCUUACCGCCGCCUCCUACGCUUCUCCUCCCAGAUCCACAACAAUGGACAGUCAGACUUCAGGCCGCGCGCCGCUCAUCACUCCUGGAUCUGGCACGAGUGUCACAGACAUUACCACAGCAUGGAGGUUUUCACCCACUAUGACCUGCUGAGUCUAAACGGCACCCAAGUGGCCGAGGGUCACAAGGCCAGCUUCUGUCUAGAGGACACAUAUUGUGAAGAAGGUAUCCAGAAGAGGUAUAAAUGUGAAAACUUUGGAGCGCAGGGCAUCACGGUGGGCUGCUGGGAUACCUACAGACACGACAUCGACUGUCAGUGGAUUGACAUCACAGACAUCAAGCCAGGGGACUACAUCUUGCAGAUUGUGAUAAACCCGAAUUAUGAAGUGGCAGAAUCAGAUUACUCCAACAACAUUAUGAAGUGCCGCUCCCGGUACGAUGGACAUCGGAUAUGGACAUUCAACUGUCAUAUAGGUGGCUCACUGGGUUCAGACAUAGAUGACAUGUUCCCUGGAUUGCUGACCAAUCAGCUUUCACGCAGGUAGACCGAAGAUGGACAGCGUGGACGGAUAUUAGGGGAGUGAAUAUGAAUAUUUGACAACCACUAGAGGAGCGGUGCUGGAUUGUUGUUGGGCUCAGGGCUUAACCGGUACAAUGGACAAUGACUAAAUGGGAAAACAAAGUGCUUGCUUACUGGAUCUACUACAUUCAGCUUUACCAAAGUGUUCUUAUCUCUUCACUGCUUCAUGCCCUUGUUGUCAGUGAAAUUAAGGUUUUGAUAUGGUGCUUAUCAGGAGAGACAGGUAGCAACCACAUAACUUAUUCUAUUAAUGAUGUUAAAAGUUGCCUUCAAAGCCAUAGUGCAAGGAGUCUGGGAAGAAUCUCAAACCAAAAACCACCCUCAUAAUUUUCUUGUGAUUGAUGCAAAUAGUCUUCUCCUGAAUUUUGGUGCUACAACAGACUGCACUUGAUGUUUUUCCUUAAUUCUUCCACAAGAUUAGAACUAUAAACUGAAAACAAAGACAGUAUAAUCUUCAUUAUACGAGCUAUAAUUUGAGAAAAAACAAAACCUCCUUUGUUUAUAAUUCUGUAUUAAACUAUUAAUGGUGAUGAAUUGAAACCCAAACUGUAAUAUGGGAUACCAGAAGCUGGAUUCAUUUUAUCAUACCUGUCAGAGGGCCUAGAGUGGUGAAUGCAUUAGAGAUAUCUAUCACAAGUGCUGGUUGGAUUGGUUCCUAAUUAUAAUUUUCAGUCAUAAAUUGUCAAAAUUGAGCUGAGUGGGAAGGUGCUUCUAUUCCAAAGAUUUUGUGUCCCACAAACUUGAGCUUCACUUUGCUAAAUCUUUUAUUUAUUAAAAUGUUUCAUUCUUGGU